GCCAGAGGCUGGCAGAGGGUCUCAGCCCACCGCAGAGGAGGCGGCCUCGGGAAUGCCGACCGUCCCCGCCGCUGAGGGCAGGCGGAGGGCAACGGUGGCGACGUUCCAGUUUGGGAAACCAGUCCGUCGGUAGGUCCAUCAAUCGCCAGUCCAGAUGCGGGCCAAACACAGCAGCACCCAGGAUAUGCUGGAGGAUGAUGGAGACACCACCCUGAGCCUGCAUUCCCGAACCUCCACCGCAGCCGGGAGCCCCAAGCCCGCCGGCCCAGGGCAUGUGGCCCCAACCAGGACAUGGCGACCUGUAGCCUUGACUCUUCUCAUCCUGUGCUUCGUGCUACUGUUUGGGCUGGGAGCCCUGGGGUUCGAAUUUUUCCAGGUCUUCCGACUGUCUAACACCCAGCGGACGGCCAUCUCCCAACAGGAGGAGAGGCUGGGAAACCUCUCCCAGCAGCUACAAGACCUCCAAGCCCAGAAUAGGAAGCUCACGGGGACUCUGCAGCAGGUAGCCCAGAAGCUGUGCUGGGAACUCUACAACAAAACUGGAGAGCACAGGUGCAGCCCCUGCCCGGAGAAGUGGUUCUGGAGAGGAAACAGCUGCUUCCAUUUCUACAGAGACAGCCGGUCGUGGUGGGGCUGUGAGGGCCUCUGCUCUGCUGAGAAUGCUUCUCUGCUGAAGAUUGACAGCCAUCAAGUGCUGGAGCUGGUGAUGCCCCUGAGUUUCUCUAAAUUCUUCUACUCCUACUGGACAGGACUGAGUCGCAAUGGCAGUGGCCAGCCCUGGGUCUGGCUGGAUGGAUCCCCUCAUGCGUCUGAUCUAUUUCAAGUCAUGGUGGAUUCUGACAGUCUGAGGAGCAGGGACUGUGUGACCAUCCUCAACGGAAAGACUUUCUCUAAAGACUGCAAAGAACUCAGGCGCUGUGCAUGUCAGCGGGCAGCCGAGCUGGUGAGGCCAGAGGAGCUAGAUUAGACGAGCUCCAUAGAUGGAUAGGAGUCCACGACUCUGGAAAACGACACGGUGAAGGAAGGUGGAGCCGUGAGCACAGCUAGGGGCUGUUUGGACGGUCUCUGUGGUUGGUUGCAACUUUUAGGGAGCUUCUCUGGGGUCACCAGAUCCCUUUCCAACCUCCAGUCUCCCUAAAGCUGAGCCUUGUUGGUUCAAGCAGAUUGUCUAGUGGAUAGCGC